AUGCCUUUCAUUGCAAGGGUCGUUGGCAAAGCCUUCCAAGGAGAGCAAGAAGUCAACCCAAGAAAGGGACUUGGUGUUCCGGCCUCAGUUCAGGUAGCUGAACCAAGGCUGCAGGAAUGCUUGUCUUUGCCAUUCGCAGUCCUGGCAGCGAGGCAUGCAACAGCAGAAGCGCUGCCGGAGCUAAAAGCGUGCCUCAAAGCCUUGCAAAGCAGACUCCAAGAGGAAAAGAAUAAUCCGCCAGACGUGGAUCAAAGAUUAAGGGUUGUUGCGACAGAUGAAGACAAGAUGGGCAAGGAGGACAAGCGUGAGUUCGUCAUGUUUGAAGGUCAGCAAGAGUACGACUGGGAGCGAAGCAUAAAGCUGAAGAUGCAGGCGCAGAUGCGGCGCCGCGACGUGCACACAAAGGAGUGCCUAGAGCGAGUCACCCGGGCCUUGCACCGGCGAUGGCGGCGGCAACGUGACAGGGACAAGGCGCGCAACAUGCAGCAGCUGGCGGCACUUGUGACGGCCAUUGAUGAGACGCAGGUUGCAUUGGACAAGAUUCGAAAGGAGCACUUAGACGCUGUAGAGAAAGAGGUAGAGGAUCUCGAGCGUGAACGCCGGCGGUUGCAAGAGCAGACCCGGGUGCUCAUGGGUGCAGCACUCGUCGUGCGGCAGGAGAAAGCACGAAUCAACAAGGCGUGGUAUGCAGAACCACGGGAGAAAAGGGCGCUCACAUUCCAGUCCUUGAAGACUGUUAGAAGACUGCACUCCGAUAUGAUCAGUUUCCCUGUCACGGCAGAGUUCAAACAGAAGCAUUCUGUGCUUCUGUACUCCCUGCGAAUGCUCGAGGGGCGCUUGCGCAAGGAUUGCCCUUACGCAAAGGAUUCUGACAUCCAAGAGGGCCCCCUGGAGGAGACGCCAGAGCACAAAAAGCAGAUGGAGGAGAUUGACGCGGAUUUCGAAGAGCAGCUGGCUGCCGACUCUGACGAGCUGCGCGCCAUUAGCCGGUCCAAGGCACAGCGGGCCAUGGCCAGAGAGGCUGCCCAAAGACGACAAGCUGCUGAGGACAUGCUGGCACCAGCGCUCAAGGAGGCGAGCGAAGCAUUGCGCCGCUGUGAGCGUGCUGCACGGAGAACAGAGAUCGCGGAAGAUCUUCUGCGCCCAUUGGCAGCGCUUUCAGCCCAACUCGGCGCGGAGGCGUUCCGACAUGAGCAGCUCGAGAAAUCAACGCCUGAGCCUGCAACCUUUCAUCCAAAGCUCAAGCGGCAGGAGGCAUCGCUGGCAGCAACACUACAGGUGGUGCAAGGAUUGCUGUCCCAGCUGGAUGCAGAGCAG